UUUCAAGUUAGGAAUUUUCUGUGGAAAGAUGAUGUCACACAGGUACUCUCACAAACUGGCUGCUAUGGUCCACCUCAGUGUCACGCCAGAAGUCUCCCUUGCUGACUUGCCAGUGAAGAUUUAUGCCUCUGGCCUGGCGCCCUCUCAGCUUGUGACCUUAUAUGCAUCACUGACAGAUGAAAGGGGGGUGAAGUUCGUAGCCAGAGCCUUUUACCAAGCCAAUCAGAAUGGAGAAGUGGAUGUGGCUCAGGCUUCUGCUCUGGGAGGCAACUAUACAGGUGUGUGGCCCAUGGGCCUCUUCUACACUCUAAAGGCUGAGAAGAUGUUCCACAGGCUGCUCAAACGUGAUGUGACAGGCAGCCCCUUCUAUGUUCAGAUUAGCGUCUUCAAUUCUGCUGUGGUUGUACCCUUGUCCACACAUGAACCACUGGCUACUUGUACUGUGGAACGAUGGUAUGCAGCCCCUGGAGUGGAACGCAUCCCCAUUAAGUCCGGCAAGGUCCGGGGAGCCCUCUUUUUACCUCCAGGCACUGGGCCAUUUCCAGGACUGAUUGACCUGUUUGGUGGAGCUGGAGGACUAAUCGAAUUUCGAGCUGGCUUAUUGGCUAGUAAAGGCUUUGCAGUCCUGGCUUUGGCUUUUUUUGCAUAUGAUGAUUUACCACAGACUCUGGAAGUAAUAGAUCUGGAGUAUUUUGAGGAAGCAUCCAGACUGCUCUUAAAAAAUCCUAAGGUAAGGGGUCCGGGACUUGGAGUUAUUGGUUUAUCCAAAGGAGCAGAAAUUGCAUUGGCCAUGAGUACUUUCUUAAAGGAAGUAAUGGCUUCAGUGUGCAUCAAUGGUCCAACAAGAAUGUGUAAUACACCACUCCAUUUUCAUGAUGUCACUAUCCCUGGAGCUUCCUUCAAACAUGAGAAGCUCUGCAUUAAUGAAACGGGAUUGGCAUCCAUUUUCUACUGCAUGGGACAUCCUCUGGAUGAAACACCUGAAGUAUCUACCAUCCCUAUGGAGAAGACUCAAGGGCACAUCCUUUUUGUGGUGGGAGAAGCUGACCAAAGCUUUGAUAGCAAGGCGUUUGCUGAAGCAGCCAUAGCUCGAGAAAAGAAACAUGGGAAAAAUAAUUGUAGCCUGUUGUCUUAUCCAGGAGCUGGACAUCUGAUAGAACCCCCUGGAUCACCAGUUUGCUUUGUCUAUCCACUUCGGUUUCUUCCCUUGCCAAUCCAAUGGGGUGGGGAAAUGAAGCCUCAUGCUAAAGCCCAGGAACACUCUUGGAAUGAGAUCCUGAAUUUUUUUAAGCUUCAUCUUGGACCACUUCAGAACAGCAGUUUAUGAUAAAAGAAAGGGCCCAUUGUUUAGCUUCUUUUAGAAUUAUGCAUUUGGUUGGAGCCAUUGAGGCCGUGAACUCCAGUCUUCUUACUCGGUGCAGGUUAAAGUUAAAACAUCUUCUUUAGAUGAAGAGGAUCCCUCUAGCUCUUUGACUAAUUAACUGCUCUUGGUGUUAGGAAAUUUUUCAGAACAUUCAAAUAGAGCAGGGGUCUUCAAGCUUGACACCUUUUAAGAUUUGUGGACUUCAACUCCCAGAAUUUCUCCUCCAGUCUUGUUAGCUCAGGAAUUCUGGGAGUUAAACUCCAUAAGUCUUAAAUUUGCCACGUUUGAAGACCCUUGAAAUACAGUCUGCCUCAUAUGCUUAUAUGUCCCACAGUUUGAGGAGAAAACGGACAUUAGCAUUCUCUGUGGGCUUGUUAAUGCUUUUAUAUCCUUUCUUCCAUCUUUUGCUUUUCAUAAAGCUGCACAUGUCAGGAUACUUUGUUGCCAUUCUCUAAAACUACAACAGCUUGUGUGAGUUCUUAAAGGGUGGAACAUUUCCUCCUGAGAUUUGGAACUUUCUUCUGGUGCAAAGUAAAUUACAUUUGCUCAUUUUUUAUAACAUCACAGUGCUAUGUGAUAGUUUUCAACCAACAACUAUUCUAAGCUUUUUUUUUUUUUUUGAGAUACUAGUGUCAAAUCAAAUAUCUUCCACCCCAUAAGUAUUCAUCUGAAUUAUGUUUUCUAAAUGCUUAAUUUCACCUUUGGUUUACUUUCAAAAAAAUUUUUUUUUUACCAGCGGUUUAUUUGACUUUUCUAGAUAAUUCUGACUUUUAUUUCUAUUCAGUUCGCAACCAGGUUUAACAUCAUCUGAAAAUGUGAUAACUUGGCAGUAAUUGUAACCA